CGUAACAAUUAGACGACUGACGUCGCGGUGAAAUGAUAAACUCGACUUGCAUGCCGGUGGCGACAAGUCUUGCCAUUUAGUUACCGCGGCUCGUUUACGUCAGCGUCGAAGUAGCGUCACUUACUUACGUCAGUUACGUAGGCUUGGUGGCUUGGAGGAAGGAAACCGACAAGUGGGCUCGCUGCGCACUGUUGGCCGAGUGAAGCGACGACUCCUUUCCUGUACUUUUUUUUUCUUUCUUUUUUUUCUCGGUGGCACGUUUGGGGGGGAGAUUAUUUUCUGCACCCGGGGCGACAUUCGACACUGUCUAUUGAAGAAGAUAUGUAGUGAGUCGGUAAGUAGCUUGUUGUCACCGACAACGAAGCGAGCUGCUCCGCGUGCUAAAGCUAACACGCUAACUUCCAAACUCCUGAAGGAGUUGUGUCAUUAUUUCGGGGUGUCUGCUUGACAGAGAUUACACGACAAACCGGUGUUUCUUCGUUCACUCACAACUUAGCACCGGCGGUGGUAGGCGGACGUUAUGGCUUCAGAUGUGAUAGAAAGCGAGGUAACUCUGAAGGCGGUGAGUGACAGCAACUUGAACAAUAGUCGCCCAGAUUUUGGCACACCCAGGCGGACACACGACAACAGACGCACGUCCAGUCCGUCGUCGUCUGGGGUGUCGGGAGAAGUGGACGAGGAGGAGAUGGACGAGCUCCAACAGAGCACGACGUCCACGGUGGAAAAUGGCGAGGAGGCACUUGAAGCGUGUUUAACCAAAACAAGCAGCAGUCCACAGGAAAGGACGAGUCUGGACAAUGAGCAGAACCCUGGUGCCCCAGUGAGCCUCCCUCAACCAUUCUCCACUGCUGGACCCAGUGGAAGCCUGGAGCGCCAGGAAUCCGUUGCCACGACAGAGGCCAGAUUAAGGAUGGAGGGAGUCGAGCUUAAGGAAGAGUGGCAGGAUGAGGACUUUCCACGGCCUCUACCUGAAGAGGAGGAGGAGCUUGAAGAGGAGUUGUUUGCUGGAGGCUCUGAAGAGGGAGAUCCUGUGAACCACAAUAAGAAGGAGAAGAAGAAGCUCACAGCUCCAGACAUCAGCCUCACUCUUGACCGCAGUGACGGGUCCAUUCUUUCUGAUGAGUUGGAUGAAAGUACAGAGCUGGACUUGGAUGACAUGGACACACCCUCCGACAACAGCAAUGAAUUUGAAUGGGAAGAUGAUCUUCCCAAGCCUAAAACUACAGCGCUACUAGAGAAGGGCGUGGAGUCAGUCAAGCAGUACUCGGCCUCGGACGAGAGGGAGGAGGGCCGGCGCUGGAGGGUGUUUCGCAUCGGAGACCAGGAACACAAAGUGGACAUGACAGCCAUUGAACCUUACAAGCGGGUUAUAAGCCAUGGAGGUUACUACGGAGAUGGCUUGAAUGCUAUAAUUGUUUUUGCUGUGUGCUUCAUGCCUGAGAGCAGUCAACCAAAUUACAGAUACAUCAUGGACAAUUUAUUCAAGUAUGUCAUCGGCACCCUGGAGCUUUUGGUGGCGGAGAACUAUAUGAUUGUGUAUCUUAACGGGGCGACGUCACGAAAAAAGAUGCCAACUGUCGGCUGGCUCCGAAAGUGUUAUCAGCAGAUUGACAGAAGGUUAAGGAAGAAUUUAAAAUCUUUGAUAAUCGUCCAUCCCUCUUGGUUCAUUCGCACCCUGCUGGCACUCACAAAACCUUUUAUUAGCUCCAAAUUUAGUCAAAAAAUCAAGUUUGUGUACAGCCUGACAGACCUUGCGGAGUUAGUUCCGAUGGAGUACGUAUCCAUUCCAGAUUGUAUCAAGCUGUUUGACGAGGAAAAAAAUAGGAAAAGCCGUAAAAGGUUUACAAUGGGACUUUUUUGAUAUUUGGAUCGACCACGACGUGCACGGCAAAGUGGAGACGGCCACCGCCGCCGUUCCCAAGUGAUCCUGCGAAAGUACACAGGAGGAGGAUGAUGAAGACUGUUCGACUCGUUGCCACUCUUUCUUUGAGCAUGUUUGUAUUUUGGGGUGGUGUGACUGGAAGUUUUUGCAUCAGGAAAGUGCCUUGUUAAAACGAUGCUGCCUCUUACAUCGUGGAACAUUUUACCAGUUGCGUUACUCCGAAGCAGCUCUAGGCUUGUUUCCUCUCCCCACAUGUUUUCCAAGAGGUUUUUAAUCCUUUUUGUCUUGUUGUAAUUUACUGUCGCUGUAUCCUGUCAAAAUGACCUUCGCUUCAUCCUGUUGUAUCUAUUCUUUAUUUAAAGCACUAUGUUACAAACAUUUGAAUCAGUUGAUGCAUGUACUGCUUUAUUACAUUUAAAUAUAUUUAUAUUCAAAAAGGUGAAAAAGGAAAGUAAUAUAUUUUUAUGUUUGCUCUGAUUUUUAAAAGUGCAUUUUUAGGUCUCUGACCCAGCCCCCUCCCUUUUAAAGGCAAUUCACACAUUUUCAUUUACCUGGGGAAAAUAAAUCCACCCCCAAAUACCUGCAA